UGCCUGCUGGUGCGGAUGAGGGCACGGAGGCUCAGGUGUCAGGCACUGGCCCGAGGUCACACGGCAGGGACGUGGCAGCCCUGGGGGGAGGGGCCUGGCAUCCUCGGCCUGGGAGGUGCCUGGGGGAGGCGAUGGUGUGUGUCUGGGGUCCUGGCUGGUCAUUCCUUCUCUCAUUUCAGGUUGCCCUUCCCGCCUGGGGACCGAGUGACCUUCAAUGGGAAGGAAUGCAUGUGCCAGAAGUGUUCCCUGCCCAAGUCCGCGGGUGGCAGCACGCACCUUUCCCAGGGCCUCUGGAGUUGUGGGGGCUGCGGCACAGAAAUCCAAAGCGGCCAGUCCCUGGUGGCUCUGGACAAGCACUGGCACCUGGGCUGCUUUCGCUGCAAGGCCUGCGGCAAGGAGCUGAGUGCCGAGUACAUCAGCAAGGAUGGGCUGCCCUACUGCGAGGCCGACUACCACGCCAAGUUCGGCAUCCGCUGCGACGGCUGCGAGAAGUACAUCACGGGGCACGUGCUGGAGGCGGGCGAGAAGCACUACCACCCGCUGUGCGCGCUCUGUGUCCGAUGCGGCCGGAUGUUCGCCGAGGGUGAGGAGAUGUACCUCCAAGGCUCCUCCAUCUGGCACCCGGCCUGCCGACAAGCAGCCAGGACUGAGGACAAGAGCAAGAUGCAGAAGCAGGUUUGCCGGGGCACCACCCCCUGUGCCUUCCAGGAGACCAGGACGUCCUCUGAGAGCAUCAUCUCUGUGCCUGCGUCCAGCACCUCAGGGUCCCCCAGCCGCGUCAUCUAUGCGAGGCUGGGCGACGAGAUCCUGGACUACAGAGACCUGGCUGCCCUCCCCAAGAGCAAGGCCAUCUACAACAUCGACCGCCCCGACAUGAUCUCCUACUCGCCCUACGUCAGCCACGCGGGGGACCGGCAGAGCUGCCUCGAGUCGCCCCAGUUGCUCUCGCCAACGCUGACGGAGGGAGACCAGGACGACCGCUCCUCCAGGCAGUGCCGCACCUCCAGCCCCAGCUCCGCCGGGUCGGUCAGCCUUGGGCGCUACACCCCGACCUCACGGUCGCCCCAGCACUACAGCCGGCCAGCUGGUACUGUGAGUGUUGGUACCAGUAGCUGCCUGUCCCUGUCCCAACACCCAAGCCCUACGUCCGUGUUCAGGCACCAUUACAUCCCCUACUUCCGAGGCAGUGAAAGCGGCCGCAGCACCCCCAGCCUCUCAGUGCUGUCCGACAGCAGGCCGCCCGCCACCUACCAGCAGGCUCCGCGCCACUUCCACGUCCCAGACACUGGCGUCAAAGAUAACAUUUACAGGAAGCCGCCCAUCUACAAGCAGCACGCUUCGCGGCGCCUGGACGGGGAGGACGGGGUUUCCGACCAGGACGGCAGGAAGCAGAAGGGCAGCUGGCUGAUUCUCCAGGGGGACGCGGACACGAGGACCAACUCGCCCGACCGAGACAGCCAGUCUCUGUCCCUCAGCAGCGGGGUUGACAGAGACCCUCUCCAGACGGGCCCGGGAGACGGCUUUUACUCACGAUUCCCCUAUUCCAAAUCUGACCCUCUCCCAGGACACGGGAAGAAUGGCUUGGACCACCGGAACGCCAGUCUGGUGCCUUGUGGAGCAGACCCGGAUGCCAGCUGGGGCACGCGAGAGUACAAGGUCUAUCCCUAUGACGCCCUUAUCGUCACAAACCGGAUCCGCGUGAAACUGCCCAAAGACGUGGACCGGACGAGGCUGGAGAGACACCUGUCGCCCGCGGAGUUCCAGGAGGUGUUCGGGAUGAGCGUGGAGGAGUUCGACCGCCUGGCGCUCUGGAAGAGGAACGACCUCAAGAAGAAGGCCCUGCUGUUCUGAGGCCGCACCCACCCUGCGCCGAGGCCGCACUCCCUCCUGUUGCGCUGCCUCCAGCUCCUCUGUGCCCACAAGGCGGGCGGGCGCCUGGGCGGGCAGGGCACCGAUGGUGGGGCGUGCACCUGAGAUCCUGCCUGUAGUUUAGGGCCCUGGCGCCUGGCUUUGCACCGCCCCUUCCCCGCUGUGCUGGGCCCCAGCGAGAUGCUGCAGAGUGGCUGUCCCCGGGGAGGGAGGGGCGACAGCAGCCC